GAGACAACGCCUUUGACGUAGUCAGUGAAACUUAAAGGAAUUCACCUGGCUGACCUGAAGUGUGAGAGGAGUGCUCUGUCACCUUCACAACUUUACUACUAAAACAGUGUCAGAGGCAGGAAUUAGAAACUCUGAACAUCUGAUCGACGCGAGGAGCAGAGCAACAGCCAUUUACCUAACAAUGCUGUAACAAUGCCCUGACACUUCUGGGAACUUAUAUCGGUGACUUGGGCAACAGGAAUAGCCUACUUUCUCGGGGAGUUCCGGGUUUAUGUAACACUUCAACCAGCGUAUCGCCCGAAGCAUGAGCAUGGAACUGCAGUCCUUAGGGACGAAUAGGAGCAAUGGCGAUGGAGCAGAUCAUGUGUCCGCCAGUGAGCAGGUUCAAAAUGGAUCGACCCCUGCCGAGCAGAAUCCACUGCUCUCCCCGUAUCCUGAGAACAAUGGAGACACCAUCAUUCAGGUCUCAGAGGAUGUCUCAACCGAGCGCCGCAAGAGAAAGAAGAAAGUGGUUCGCGAGGUGGAGCGGUUGACGACAGCGCUCAACGCAAAGGUCUUCUGGAAGUGCAGCGUGUGGAUGACCAUCCUCUUCCUCCUCUUCUUCAUCGCCGCUGUAAUCUUCAUCUCUAUAGUCCUGUGCUCAGUCUUCCGUAAGGAUCCGGACGAUACAUUUGACCGUUCAUCCUAUCAGAUUCCUCGAGACUUCAAUGGAUCCUUUCGGCUAACCAAUCAGGUGUCGGCAGAGGAGCUCCUCACCUCCUCCAAUCAGAGUCAAGUCCUGGCCUCGCAACUUCAAAAGAAGCUCUAUGGUCUCUACAGCGACUCCCCUGCUCUCGGUCGAUACUUCUCCAACGCUGAAAUCUACGACAUCAGGAACGGCUCGACGGAGGCCGUGUUCGGGCUGAGCUUCCUGCUGCCCCGCGCGGACCAGGAGCGGCUGAGGAGCUUCACGCUGAGCCGCCAGCUCGUCUACAACGUCCUGCGCCAGGCCCUCUACGACCAGGACACCAACCCCCCCGGGGCCCUGUACAUAGAGCCCGGCAGCCUCCAGAUGAACUGAGGUCUUCAAAGGGGGCCCCAGGAACACCACCGAGACUACUGUGGGUGUAUGUGUCUGUGUCAGGUUCAGGAGAGAUCGGCAGCCAACAGCUUCUCGUGAAAGUGUGAAGGUCAUGACAUCACUCUGCUUCGUCAUGUUACUGUGGGUGCCUUCAACUCUAAGGAAGAGGAGCCUCUCUCUCUCUCGCUCUCUCUCUCUUCUCUCCCCAAAACUCCCCCCACACACUACAGGGUCGUAUAAUCCCAAUUGGGGCCGACUGCCUCACUGGAUUGCGACUUCAAUAAAUGAUGUAACCACUACGCCAUGUGCAUCCAUACGAAUGGUGGCAAGGCCGGGCCUAGUAGCCCUUUGAUUUGAUUCACGUGAUUGUAGUCAAUGAAUUGGACGUCAAGUACAAUGCAGAUGAAUUGUGUUUUUGCACCAUGUUCCCGACCAGAUUGAAUGUUUAUGUUUGACUCUCAACCCAAGUUUCUGGAUUUGAUCCCCAAUGUCCACAAUCCUCCCGUAGACAUCCUUGAGCAAGGUGUUCUACCUGCACCUUAACGACAAGAAUCGGAAUACACUGGACGUCACCUUGGAUGAAAGUAGCUGGGUUCGAAAUUGUUCCCUAUCACGGAUAUAAUGCAAUAUAUAAGGUGCUCGCCAUUUUGCAGUGGUGUUCGAAUUCUCAGUGGUUAAUUUAAUUCACUAUAUAGCAGACAAUAAGAUACCCAGAAUUUAAGUGAACAUACAAUGUUCCCUACAUGUUACUCCCGUAUACCACAAUGCAAUGUGGUCGGUUCUCUAAACGCCAUUCACUGACGCAAAUGACAUUUAGAAAUGUUUAGCGUAGUGUCCGAAUUCUUGUUUGUUCAUUCACUAUAUCAUAAACACUAUAUAGGGAUUAGUGAGUGAGUGAAUAGAGAACGAUUUCGAACCCAGCUAGUGUCUGAUAAAUGUACAUUGGUAAAUGUAACAUGGGUAAAUGCAAUGAGGCUCAAUAUUUUAUAUUAAAUGUUUUAUACAAGAAA